GCAGCGAGCCCGGCUCAGGACGACGACCGCCACACGAUGGGCGUUACAGACAAUGGCCAACAAAGAAACGAAGGACUUCUGGAAGAUGAGCUUUGUAUGGCACAUUUCGCAUCUGAGGUUAGUGGUCACGUCAUGUGACGGCAUUUUCUCCGAGCUUGCUCAAGUCCGGCCACAUAUCGUGCUUGGUUCAUCAAGAGGUCUUAGUGGUCGACACGGAUCCCGGUACCUACUGUACUGUACAUGCACUUGGAGACCAUACUGACACACUCCUGAAGCGCAGUUGCUGUACCUCGCAUGCUAGCAGGUGCUGUUAUCCAUCAGACUGCUACAGAGGUUGGUAUGCCGAACAUUAAGAGGAUAGCACCCGCAAUGCUGUGCAGUUCCCUCCUGUGUCUUCUAUUCCUAAUAUCUGUUCGUGUCACGGUCGCCGAGUUUCCUUUCCGGAAUGUCUCCUUGUCCUGGGACGAACGCCUCGAUGACCUCAUCCCCAGGCUGUAUCUAGAUGAGAUUGCCUCACAGAUGGCCCGAGCUGGCUACAAACAGAACGGCCCAACACUGCCCAUCCCCAGGCUGGGUAUUGGCCCAUAUAACUGGGUCACUGAGUGUCUACGAGGGGAUGUUAGAUCUGGAAAUGCAACAUCAUAUCCAAUGCCAAUUGGUCUGGCUGCAUCAUUUAGUGUUGACUUACUCACGGCAGUUGGCACGGCAACAAGCAUAGAGGUCCGUGCCAAAUACAACAACUACACAAGCCAUGGAAUAUACAAGGAUUAUGGUGGACUGAGCUGUUUCAGUCCUGUCAUCAAUAUUGUGAGGCAUCCCUUGUGGGGAAGGAUUCAAGAAACGUAUGGUGAAGAUCCUUUCAUUUCGGGAGAAUUAGCCAAGGCAUAUGUGGCCGGUCUGCACGGGGAUCACCCACGCUAUGUCCGUACAAGCUCUGGCUGCAAGCACAUUUUUGCCUACGACGGACCUGAGGACAUUCCAUCCUCCAGAUUCUCGUUUGAUUCUGUGGUGAGUGACGCAGACAUGCAGAUGACCUACCUCCCCAUGUUCCACGAAUGUGUCAAGGCGGGUACCUUCAACUUGGUCUGCAGCUAUAACAGCAUCAAUGGCAUUCCCGCCUGUGCAAACAAGAAGUACUUGAUCGACGUUGUUCGCAAUCAGUGGGGCUUUAAGGGGUAUGUCUCAAGCGACGAUGCAGCUCUAGAAUUCUUGUACAACAAACACAACUAUACCAAGGGAGCUCUCGAUUCAGCUGUGGCGGCGGUCCACGCCGGCUGCAACCUGGAGCUAACAGGAUCCCAUCAGCCCGUCUACACUCACCUGACGCAGGCCGUGCAGCUGGGCCUGAUCAGCAUAGAGGAGAUGACCACCCUAGUCCGGCCUCUCUUCUACACCAGGAUGAGGUUGGGAGAGUUUGACCCACCUGACAUGAACCCUUACACCAAGCUGAAUGUGGAUGAAGUAGUGGAGAGCGCUGAGCAUCAGGAGUUGGCAGUCUCUGUGGCUGUCAGGACCUUUGUCUUGCUGAAACACAUCGGCAACGUCCUGCCUGUUGGCAAGAUUGCAACUCUGGCUGUUGUUGGUCCUAUGGCCGACUCACCAUAUGACCCCUUCGGGGACUACCCUCCGGGCACCUUGCGUGAGUACAUCACCACAACCAGGGAGGGUUUAAAAAGCAUCGCAUCGAUAGUGAAGUAUGCUGGAGGUUGCAAUAACCCUGUAUGUAACCAGUACAAUCGGGCGGAGGUCAUAGACGCUGUCACAGACGUGGACUUUGUCGUUGUGUGCUUGGGUACAGGAACAUCAGUAGAGACAGAGUCUCGAGACCGUCGUAAUCUUGACUUGCCUGGUUCACAGCUGAAGCUCCUACAAGAUGCUGUACAACAUGCCAAGGGUCGGCCUGUGGUUCUGCUUCUCUUCAAUGCCGGACCCUUGGAUGUCACAUGGGCUGAUGAAAGCCCCGAUGUCCAUGCCAUUGUGGAGUGUUGGCUCCCGGCUCAGGCUACCGGCCUGGCUGUGGCUCGCUUCAUGACCAAUGGCCCCGAGGGCAAUCCUGCCGCAAGGCUACCGUACACGUGGCCGGCUACUAUGGAAGACGUGCCUCCAAUGACUGACUACAGCUUCUUCAAUCGCAGCUAUCGUUUCUUUACUGGUGUGCCAUUCUACCCAUUUGGUUAUGGCCUGUCAUUCACAGAGUUCAACUACGACAGGGUAGUGAUAACUAACCCUGUUCUCAAACCUUGCGACGAUAUGCAUGUCAGUGUCACCCUGACCAAUGUUGGCCGCUACGCUGGGGACGAGGUGAUUCAGUUGUAUGUUGGCUGGCCUGAUGCAGUCUUCCCAGUGCCCCAACUCCAGCUAGGAGCAUUCCUCCGUGUGGAAACCACCCCCUGGAAUCAGGUCACCAGCUACCUGACCAUCCCACCCCGUGUCAGGGCAGUCUAUGAGAAAACUCUGGUGGUUAAGCCUGGCAAGUUCAUGCUGUUUGCUGGGGGUCAGCAGCCUGGUCAGAAGAGACGCAUGAGCUCCAACGUCCUGACAGCUGAUUUCACUGUGGUCGGCCGGAUGACCAACUUGUCAGACUGCCCUCCUUAAGUAUUAAGGUAACACUCUAGCUGUGGAACUCAUGUCCAUAUUGUACUACAACACAUGUAUGUUCUUUAAUUUCAUUGUAGUCAGUGACAAUGCCAAUCUGGUAAAGCUCAGCAGGUAAAGUAAAGCUGUUUAACGUAAUGCUACUCUGUGAGAGCUAUUCACACAGAGAGUUAGACUUAAAAGUCAAGACCCAAAUCACCGCAGAUUUUUUUCUGUGAAGCUGAAGCACAUAGAACAUGAAGCUUCAUGAGCACUAAAUCUAAGGGUGGUAAUAUCAAGGAUUCCCUGCUUUUCUAUGUCUUGAUUUUUCAGUUUUCACAUUUAGGCUACUGGCUUUCUGAAAUUGGCAUCUGGUCCAAGUGGGAAAUGCUACUGACCAUUCUUAUUUCACAUAAAAUAAUGCUGAGAGCCUGUCAAAAAUAAAAGGUCUUCGAUCGGUAAACUUAUUUGUUGCACAUUUCUUCACCUAUAAAUUGAGUUCUUUUACAAUUAUCAUUAAUAUUUUCAUCUGUGCACUAGUGUUGAUAAUGUUCGAAUUCUCUAUUUAAUUCCUAUGUCAUUAUGCACAAAUUCACAUUUUGAACUUCCAAUAGGUUUGGGCUUUGUGUCCACUUUGUGAGUACUUAGUCAUACUGGGUGUCCAAAGUGUGUUUAUUUUAUUAGGUAACUGUCAGAACCUAUUUUGAUACAAAUUCAUCUUCUUGAGUUGUAAGAACAGCACAAUGUUAAUAUCAGUACUCAGUGGUAUCAAAUUCAUCCAAGGGUCAUUUGGUUUGUUGCAAACCUACGAUCAAUUAAGUCUUCCUCUGAAAUACACUAAAGAAUAGGACCCACACCCAUGCCUCUGAAAGAAUAUGUUGUAAUGUUCUGAUGAAAUGUUGUGGUGAAAUAGACCAAAAAUAGCCGAUACUGAAAAGUCAAGUUGGUUUCAAUACAAGAUUGACCAGGAUACCAAAAAUGCUCUAAAUAUGUCUUUCCAAUAUACAUUUAUAUAUUAUUUUGGUUUUGUGUUAUGUUACCUUGUACUAGUGUUAUUUCUACAAAUAUUAUAUUUUGAUAGCUCUUGUCUUUAAUCAUGCGUGUUUCUGUUGUUAUAGAAGUUUCCGUAAUGGCCAAAUAAAUCCCUAUGUUUAUUUGUACAUAGAAAAUGUGAUGAAAAUGUUGAAAACACAUUUGAAUUUGGGUAUUAUACGCAUUUGCCUUUUGUACCGGCUCAAGAUAAGAUUUUUUGGGGAAACGGGUGCCAGAAUAAGACCUAACAAUUGCAGUGGUAUGUUUAAGUUCCCGCUUGUUUUACUGUGUCUGUGUGGUAUUCUACCAUUUUUAUUCAUGAAUAAUGCAGAAUAUGUUUAGAUCCAGUCAUAGGACGUCGACCUAGGUUUGUACUAAAAGAAAUUUUUUGACCUUUUGAAUUGGUGUUAGGACACAAAAAUCAUGUAAUGAUGACGGUGGCGAAUCGGGACCAUCUAGAAACACGUUUUCUUUGAUCUGUCAAGUUUAAUAAACCUACCUCAUGGACUCACUGUUCGGCCACGUG